AUGACCAUCCUAGCUAGCCCCAAGACCCAUAUGGCGAUGGUGUACGACCAGCCUGGCAAGGUGUCUAUCAAACGUAUCUCAAUAGAGACACCAGAGCCAGGAGCUGGACAAGUGUUGGUUCGAUUAACUCAUACUGGAGUGUGUCAUUCAGACCACGGCUUGAUGACCAAUGCGUGGGCUCGGUAUCCGCGUCCUACUCUGGCUGGCCAGAUUGGUGGCCAUGAGGGUGUUGGCUAUGUCGUUCGGUUGGGCACUGGACUGGAAGGCAGUAGCAUCAUGCUUGGAACACGUGUUGGUGUCAAAUUUGUCCACAAUAUAUCUGGCUAUUAUACUCCCGGAACAUUCCAGGAGUAUUGUUUGGCACCUGCAAAUUACGUGACCCCUAUUCCAGAUGAAGUACAAUCUCACCUAGCCGCCCCGCUACUCUGUGCUGGACUCUCUGCAUACAGUGCAUUGAAGAAAGCUCGGGUUUCUCCGGGUGACUGGGUGGUUGUUUUUGGCGCUGGCGGCGGGGUUGGACAUUUGGUCUGUCAGAUGGCUGCGCGGGUCUUUUCUCUGCGGGUUAUUGGAAUCGAUUUCAAAGAAAAAGAAACCCUUGUACGAAGCUGCGGAGUGGAGACAUACUUGGCUUUGGAAGAAACCAAAAGCCUUGUGAAUUCAGUAAAGGCGGAGACAAACGAACUUGGCGCUGCGGCAGCUCUUGUUUGUACGGGGGAGGACUCGGCAUACUCUCAAGCCCUCGACAUGUUGCGGUUCAAUGGGGUCCUAGUUGUUGUCGGAGUGCAGGAGGGCAAGGAAAGGCCCAUUGAAAAUGCGUGCCCAAAUGCAUUUUUGUUCAAUCAAAGCAUGAUUGUUGGCUCAUCAGUCGGCAAUUACGGCGAAGCUGUUGAGGUCAUGAAUUUAGCCCGUCGUGGUUUGAUCCAGACCCAUGUUCAAGUCGACAAGCUGGACAAUCUUCAGGCUGUUUUCGAACUGAUGGAGAAACAGGAAAUCCGCGGGAAGGUUGUUUUGGAGAUCUAG